CAUGGUAGCUUUAAGAGAUACCAAUGUGAGAAACUUGGUGUGUGUCUGACAGUAGAAGAAAUAUGACUUUAUGGUAAAGUGUCAGAACAGAAUCACAUGUACUGGUUCAAUGCUGAUACGCAGUAAAAUCGGUGAAACAUAAUGACGUUAGAAGAGGGGAAGCUUUGCUCCCUGCUGCUGAGAGAACAUUUUGGAGAAGUGGUGGCGAAAGUGGGCUCUCAUCUCAUCCAAACAGGAGCUCAAGCAUUACGUAUGAUUGGCCAUGAAACGGGGACCGCCCUUGAUCUGGUUAAAAAAGCCCUUUGUGUGCUAAUCCAGCACAAUAUUUGUUCCUAUGAGGUAAACCGUCGUGGGCAAGUGGAAUAUGCUGUGGAUUUUAUCCGCGUUCUCCGACUUCUGCGCUUCCCUCGGUAUAUUUAUACUGCAAAAACACUCUAUGGCGACACAGGAGAGCUAAUUGUGGAAGAGCUACUUCAGCAUGGUAAAAUGACAAUGAGCAGUACAGUGCGCAAAGUGGCUGACAGACUGACCGAUUCCACAGAGGGUAAGACCAUGGAGUACAGUGAAGUGGUCAAUACCUUUACCUGCCUAGUUGAUACACACUUCUUGCAACGUUGUCCAGUUGUAUCAGAAGUAGAGAAAAGUGAGGCUUUACCACCAGUUGCUCCAACAAUGUUUAAUCCUGAGAAGGAAAUGUACACAGUUCCUCGAGUCAACCUUACAGGUCGUGGCAAACGUAGUAGAUCGUCUGAUGAGAAUGAUAAUGACCACAAAGUGAAAAAGCCAAGGUUGAAUUCUACAAAUAAAGAAACUCCAGAGGAUGAUGGAAUUUACUGGAAAGUAAAUUUUGAGCGGUUUCACCAAUACUUUAGAGACCAAGCUAUUAUUACCGCUGUGGCCAAUAAGUUAGACCAGACAAGUAGCGAGAUUGUCAGGACAAUGCUCAGAAUGAGUGAAGUGACAACACCACCCAAUGCUGCCCAUACACAGCCUCUUUCUUCAAAUGAGAUUUUUAGAGCACUGCCUUCAGGAUACAAUAUUUCAAAGCAAGUUUUGGACCAGUACCUUACACUACUUGUUGAUGAUCCAAUGGAGUUUGUUGGAAAGUCUGGAGAAAGUGGUGGUGGUAUGUAUGUUAUCAACUUGCAAAAGGCCCUUGCUUGUCUUUCUAGAGCUACAUUGGAGACUAUAGUUCAAGAAAGAUUUGGAUCUCGUUCUGCACGGAUUUUUCGUCUGCUCUUGCGGAAGCGACACCUUGAACAGAAACAAGUAGAAGAUUUUGCAAUGAUCCCUGCAAAAGAGGCCAAAGACAUGUUGUAUACUAUGCUAUCUGAGAACCUGGUUUCUCUGCAGGAAAUCCCUAAGACUCCUGAUCAUGCUCCUUCUAGGACAUUUUAUUUGUACACAGUUAGCCUUCUGCCUACUGCUAGAAUGCUGUUACACCGUUGCUAUAAGACAGUGGCAAAUCUUAUUGAAAGGCGCCUAUUUGAGACGAAGGAGAACAAACGUCUUUUAGAGAAGUCGCAACGUAUUGAAGCCAUCAUUGCCUCAAUGCAGGUAACCGGAGCAGAGGAAACCCAACUGCAAGAGGUUGAAGAGAUGAUUACAGCUCCAGAGAGACAGCAGCUAGAGACACUCAAGCAAAAUGUCAAUAAGUUGGAUGCCAGUGAAAAUCAAGUUGAUGACACUAUUUUCCUGCUAGAAUCUUAUAUCAACUCAGUCCAGUCCACAGGUCACUGAGAUCACUACAGUAAGACCACUCUUGCAGGAAUGAGAUUACCUUUUUGCAAUGAGAGUGGACAUGGUACAUGGCCCAAAAGCUUUCAUUACUGGAUAUGUCUGAUUUUUUUAUUGCUCUACACAGAAACAUGUUUUUGGAUUGGCAGCAUGUGCUGUUUUUU